CGGCCGAGCGUCCGGUCCCCGACCCGGGUCUCAGCGGCGCUGUCCCGCGGCGCCGGUUCCCGGCAGCACCCCGACGCACCCCCAGAAUGGCGCAAAAGAAAUAUCUCCAAGCAAAAUUGACCCAGUUUUUAAGGGAAGACCGAAUUCAGCUUUGGAAACCUCCAUACACAGAUGAAAAUAAAGAAGUUGGCUUGGCACUGAAGGACCUUGCCAAGAAGUACUCUGACAAGCUAGAAUGUUGUGAAAAUGAAGUGGAAAAGAUAAUAGAAGAAAUACGUUGCAAAGCAAUUGAGCGUGGCACGGGAAAUGAAAAUUAUAAAACAACAGGAAUUGCUACAAUCGAGAUAUUUUUACCUCCCCGACUAAGAAAAGAGCGGAAGAACCUGCUGGAGACCCGACUGCACAUCAGUGGCCAAGAACUGAGGUCAAAAAUAGCCGAGACCUUUGGAUUCCAAGAAAAUUAUAUCAAAAUCGUCAUCAACAAGAAACAGCUUCAACUAGGGAAAACUCUCGAAGAACAAGGAGUGACGCACAACGUGAAAGCGAUGGUGCUCGAACUGAAACAGUCCGAGGAGGACGUGAGGAAAAACUUCCAGGUGGAAGAAGAAGAGCAAAAUGAAGCCGAGCUAAAAGAAAAGAGAAUUCAGAGGACCAAGAGAGGCCUGGAGAUCUUGGCGGAGAGAGCGGAGAUGGUGGUGGACCCGGAAAGCACGCCGUACUUGGACAUAGCGAACCAGACGGGCAGGUCCAUCCGAAUCCCCCCGUCGGAGAGAAAAGCCCUUAUGUUAGCUAUGGGAUAUCACGAGAAGGGCAGAGCUUUCCUGAAAAGAAAAGAAUAUGGAAUAGCCUUGCCAUGUCUGUUGGAUGCCGACAAAUAUUUCUGUGAGUGUUGCAGGGAGCUGCUGGACACGGUGGAUAACUACGCGGUGCUCCAGCUGGACAUAGUGUGGUGUUACUUCCGCCUGGAGCAGCUGGAAUGCCUUGACGAUGCAGAAAAAAAGCUCAACUUGGCUCAGAAAUGCUUCAAAAAUUGUUACGGAGAAAACCACCAGAGGCUGGUCCACAUAAAAGGGAACUGUGGGAAAGAGAAGGUACUAUUUUUAAGACUUUACUUGCUUCAAGGUAUCCGAAAUUACCACAGUGGAAAUGGUGAAGAGGCUCGUGAGUAUCUCAACAAGGCACGUCAGCUCUUUAAAGAGCUGUAUAUCGAUCCAUCAAAAGUUCACAAUCUGUUGCAGUUGGGAUUUACCGCCCAGGAGGCCCGGCUCGGCCUGAGGGCGUGUGAGGGGAACGUGGACCACGCCGCUGCCCACAUCACCAACCGCAGAGAGGAACUGGCCCAAAUCAGGAAAGAGGAAAAAGAGAAGAAAAGACGCCGGCUGGAGAACAUAAACUCGUUGAAAGGAAUGGGCUACUCCACUCACGCGGCCAAGCAGGCCCUGCACCAGGCCAGCGGGAACCUGGACGAAGCCCUGAAGAUUCUUCUCAGCAAUCCUCACAUGUGGUGGUUGAACGAUUUAGAUCCUGAAACCAACAACCAUCGGGAAAGUCCUUCCCAGGAACACAUCGACCAACUUGUCUACAUGGGCUUUGAUGCGGUGGCAGCCGACACAGCGCUGAGGGUGUUCAGGGGGAACGUCCAGCUGGCGGCUCAGACCCUUGCCCACAACGGAGGAAGCCUCCCUCCCGACCUGCAGCUCGCGGCCGAAGACUCCUCGCCGACACCGUCCACGUCCCCUUCGGAUUCCGCAGGUGCCUCUAGUGCCUCAACAGAUGAAGAUAUGGAGACAGAGGCUGUCAAUGAGAUACUGGAAGAUAUUCCAGAACACGAAGAAGAUUAUCUUGACUCAACUCUGGAAGAUGAAGAAAUUAUUAUUGCAGAGUACUUAUCCUAUGUAGAAAAUAUAAAGUCGGCAACAAAAGCGGAAUAAUGGGCAGAAACAAGCACUGAGUUUCUGCUUAUAAAUUCUAUCAUUAUGAAAAGUCGAAUGCA